AUGGUCGUAUGCAUUAAAGACCCUUCCAAUGUCAAGCAUAUUCUCAAGACACGCUUCAAUAACUAUCAUAAAGAAAGAACAGUCAUAGAAGCAUUUUCAGACUUAUUCGGGAAGGCCCUUUUCCUCUCCGAUGGUGCGGAGUGGAAGUCACAAAGACAAAUUUUGCAGCAUUAUUUCGAUCCAAAAGAGUUUCAUGCUUAUACAUCUAUAGUAGAGGAAGAGCUCUCGAGUCGUCUUGUCCCUUUUUUAAGUAAUGCAGAAAAAACUGCAUCUACAAUUGAUCUCCAGGAUAUACUUCGUCGAUUCACAUUUGAUUCAGUAUGUCAAAUAGGGUUUGGAUUCGAUCUGAAGUAUUUAUUACCUUCUCUCCCACCAACCCCUUUUGCUGACACUUAUAAAACUGCAACGAAGUUGAGCAUUUUAAGAAAAAGGAAGGAAAGAUUGUUGGCGAGGGAGGAUUUGGAGGACAAGGAUGUGUUGGCAAGAAUAUUGAGAAGGGCAAAGGGUGAACAACUAGAUGAUACGUUUCUCAUUCAUACUGCUGUUAACUUUAUCAUGGGAGGACACGAUGCAAUGUGUCCGGCUUUAACAUGGUUUUUUUGGUUGGUCUUGAGUAAUCAGAAUGUGGAAAAAGAGAUCAUAAGAGAAAUUAGAGAGAAGGAUGGACAUCUGAGCGACAUGGUUUACAUGCAUGCUUCUAUAUAUGAGAGCUUGAGACUCUUCCCACCCUUUCCAGCUGACUCAAAAGAAGCAGUGGAUGACAAUGUUUGGCCUGAUGGGACAAAAGUGUAA